AAACAGACAAGAAACAGACAGACAGAAACAAAAAACAAACAAACAAACAAAAAACAGGAACAGAAUGUAUACUUAUUUGGGAAAAUGGUUAACAACAGCAAAUGUGAAUGCCCAUUCCUCCCUGCCCGCCCGGGGAAGUCUCCUCUCCAAGUCUCCAGGGCAUCUCCGGGGAGAGGGAGAGGGAGAGGGCUUCUCCGCAGGGUCGGCACGGGGCCCUGGCAUAGCCUGGGCUCUGCCCGGCAGAGAUCAUGUAUCGCCUCCUGGGGCUGCGGCCCGUCCUCAAGGGCCCAGACCUCACAACACCGCCCUGUGGUUGCCACCUGAGGGCUGCGGGCUCUGUGCUGUGCCCCCCCCCCCAAAGUAAAGCCUGGGCUCUGUAUCCAGUGUUCCACAGCAGUGCUGGGUGGAGAGUUCAGGCAGCGGGCAACACCCUGCCAGCACCAGGCCACAUGCUCUGGGAAGCCACAGCAGCCACCACCACCAACUAUUUAGUGUUGCCUGGCCUGAAUCUGCCCUUUUCAAGUAAUAUAAAGAUUCUGGUGUAUUUUGCUAAAACUGGCUAACUUCCUCGAAAGUCAGUGGGGGGAACAUGUCACCGUGAUAUUUUGUCCCAAACUGGUCUCCCUUGGAUCACUAACUCUCUCCAUCUGCUGCUGGCACUCUACAAAACCUGACCUCUAUGAGCUUUUAGUCUACAUUAAUUUUCUAUUCACAUAGGAGCAAAUGCAAGUUGGUUCAGGUGCCCGAGUUUGCCAGAGAGAGGAGCUUAGUAGCAGAGGGGCCUUGCCGAUUGGUCUUCCCACCUCUCUGGAAGCCGGUGCCUCGGCGGCCAGAACCCUCUGGUGGCGGGAGCAAAAUCCCGCUCCAGGCUCCCGCCAUCCCGCAAGGAAAGAACCGCGCCAGAUGAAAAACUACCAGAGUUCGGGGGAAAGGGAGCAGAAGACGGAGGCUGAAACUCACCUGCCCAACAUCAACCUAUCCUAGGGCGCACCCCGACCCCUUUCGGGGAGAGCGCAUCCCGUCCCGCAUCCCGUCCCCGCCGAGCACAAAGGCGGCAAACCCCUGCAGAUCCCGCCCCGGCAGUGUUCCGCGGGCGGAAGACCGUCGGGCCCGAGAUCGGUGCCCGAAGCCCGGCUCCAGCUCUGCUGUCCGGGCGCCGCGGCCGAAGUUGGAGCCGCUGUGAGAAGCGGGACAGGGAGACCCCGGGAAAGGCUGCGCGCACGGCUCCGGGAGACCCGGGGAAGGCUGCGCGCACUGGCACGGGGAAGCCCAGGGCGCGGAGACUUAAAAGAAAGCGCCGAGCAGGGCUGGGAAAGCCAAGGCUCCUACAAGGGGCAGUUUUCCCCGCUGCGGGGCAAAUCUCCCUCCCUAAACUUCCAUCCGGCUCCGAGACGGGACACGGGGUUCGGCGAGCGGUUCUGCGCCGAAGCGCACACCCCGACCCGCGAAUCUUUGUGCGACUCAGUCGUUGCAGCUUUUCUCCGUUGAAUAGAGUCCGCACGGCGGAAUCUUCUGGAAGAGGGGGGCCACAGGGGGACUUCGGAGGCGGGGGUCAGUGUGGAAAGAGCGGGGGGAUGGUUUUCCCCCACGUCCCUCCUGGCGAAUGAGGAGUCGCCCCCGUGCCCCCUCCUCUCGGACCCUCCCGCGCGCGCAUGCGCACUCGGACCGCGGCAGCUACUUAAGGCGCAGCCCGGGCGGCUGCGGCAGUGCGCCCAGCCGCGGACUCGGAACCCAUCGCCUCGGGUAGCCCUCGCUCUCCGCGCCCACCCGGCACCACUCUCGGAACCAUGGCGGCAGUGGCGGCGGCCUCGGCGGAGCUGCUCAUCAUCGGCUGGUACAUCUUUCGCGUGCUGCUGCAGGUGUUCCUGGAAUGCUGCAUUUACUGGGUAGGAUUCGCUUUUCGAAAUACUCCAGGGACACAGCCCAUUGCGAGAAGUGCUCAGGUACUCCCUGCAGAAGCUGGCCUACACCGUGUCGCGGACCGGGCGGCAGGUGCUGGGAGAGCACCGGCAGCGAGCCCCCCACUGAGACCCCAGCCCCCAGCCCUGGGCGGCCGUGUCACCAGGUGCUCCUGUGCCUCUCGGCCAGCAUGGGAGCCCGUGCCGCACAGGAAUGGGGUGGCCCCAGUGCUCGCUCGCCAGAGGAGCACUUGCCAAGGUCAGUGAGGGCCCGAGUGGCCCCCGGAGAAGCAGCACCGAUAACGACACCACCAGACCCCUUCCGAACCCCUUCACACCGGUCCCACUGCCGGGCGGGGUAGAGGGGGCGGGGGGAUGGGAGGAGCAGCCCCCAAGAUCUGGGGCAUAGGCACAGGCACCGCAUUCUGAUCUGGACCAAGUCGGGACGGCGCCACCCUGCCUGCAGCCGGGCCAUGCCAGCGGGCCCCAUCAGAGACCCAGACGACCAGCCAUCAGGCGGGACAUUCCAGCAGCAGCAGCAGCAGCAGCAGCAGCUCUGAAGCCUUCACCCGGCGGCCCAGUGCCUGUGUGGCGGGACUGGGGGCUCACGGAGGGCGGAGAUGGGGCCCUCUCAGUGUCCCCUGCCUACAGCACAUUCAUUCCAGCCUUUGCUGCCUUUGCUCCCUCUAUUCCCCUUGGCCCCUCGAUUCCCCUCCCCCUCACUGCCCCCAACCGCCCCUACUGAAGAAAUGUCACUCAAUUGGAACCUACCCUGGCAGUGAACUAACCCAUCCUUACUAAACUUACGAACCACUUCCUCCCAGCCCCCCCCUCACUGAUCUUGCUUUUCCCUGGUCUCACGCAGUUGUGGUCAAUGUUGUGGUAAUGGCUAACCGUACUGACUGUGUAAGUGUGCAUUAGUUGUGUCUCCCCGGCUAGACUGUAAGCUCCUGGAGGACAGGGACCACCUCUACAAAAAAUAAAAAACCGUGCCUCCCCCAUCUCGCACAGUGUCCUGGACCCUGCGGGGUGGUGAAGGUACAAAAAAAAAAAAAAAAAAA